CGGUGGACGCUGUAUAGUUAUAAUUUAAAAAAUCAGUUUGUAUUCAACCUUGCGGUUAAUAAGUUAAUUCCGACCCUAAUUUUUUAACUUACAGAAUAAUGAUUUAUAAAAGUAUUAUUGUAUUAAUGCUGACGUUUAAUAUUUGUCACAGUGCACCUAGUAUUAACAAGAUCGAUUAUAUCAAUGUAAAUUCUGAAUUAACAGAUGAUUUGGAAAACUGGAUGUCUCUAUUAUCAAAAGAACUUCGCACUAUUCCACUGAACCUUUUAGCAAUACCUGGCUCCCAUGAUAGUUUUACCGUAGACAUAACAAAGGACUCCGAUGUUUCACCAGAUGGAGAGGAUAUUUUAAAAAAACUUGAUUUUUUAACUAUAGUUAGAACGAUUAUGGCAAAUUGGUCCAAAACGCAAGGAUACAAUGUUUUAGAACAACUCAAGGCUGGAAUAAGAUUCUUUGAUCUCAGAUUAUGCAGAAAUUAUAAAGAUGACAAAUUGUAUUUUUGCCACUCCAUGUAUUCAACUGAAGUGACGGCGGUCUUGUCAGAUAUGGUUUCAUUUCUGGAAAGCCAUCCCAAAGAGGUCGUUAUCCUGGAUUGUCAACAUUUUUACAAUUUUACGACGGCAACUCACGACGAAGUUAUACAGCUCUUAAAGGUUACCUUUAACGAUAAACUGGUUCCAUUUCAAUCUACUAUGUCUUCUAUCACCUUGGAGAAUUUGGCUGAACAAAAAAAACAGGUUUUAGUCAUCUAUAGAGAUCAAAAGCAGGCAAACCAAGAUUUGUUAUGGCCCAGCACUAGCUUUCCUACUCCUUGGUACGACACUAUGAACACUAGCAAUUUAAUAACCGAUUUAAACAGUGGAUUGCAAAGCAGAUCCUAUAGUAGUGGCUACAUAAGUCAACUUGUUUUAACACCUAGUGUUGAUGACUAUUUGCAAAACCUUUUAACUACAUUAAAGAAAAAAUGUGCAGUAGACUUUGCUGCUUUAAGAACAGAAUGGAUUAGGAACCAAACUGCCGGUCAAAAUGGAGUUAACAUUAUCAUAGCAGAUUUUAUCGAUAUUAAUGACAAUGAGUUUAGUAAAGCGGUGAUCAGUUUAAACACAGGAAUCGAUACCGCAAAAGUUCAUAAUUACGGAUUAAUUUAUGAAACUAAGAGACUUCUUUCAUCGUUGAAAUAUGUUCUAAAACUUAUUAAAUAAAUAAAAGAAAAAUGUAAUUAUUGUAAAUAAUAAUAUAAAAAAUAUAUAAUAAAUAUGUAAUAAAAAUAUGUAAUAAAUAAUAUAAAAAAUAUGUAAAUAUACUAAGUCUCAAAGUAUUAAUAGAAAAACAAAAAAAUAUAAUAAAAACACUAUAAACCUAA